GCAUUGACCUGCUCAAUUUGCGUAAGACUAAAAAACAGUCGCCGACUAUUGAAAUCGGUUUCCAAUAGCAUUAGGUUUUAUAAGCAAAUAAAUCCCAAGGUGAAUCAGAUAUAGCACGUCUCGAGGUGAAAGAACAUAUAUGUUAUUGUUGCGAAUCAAAAGCGUAGUAUUACCUAAAAAUAUCAAAGAUGCCAUACUCACAAAAAAUGGACACUGAAUCACGGGGAAGUUCUUUCUUCAAAGGAUUUGCUGCUAUAGCUGGUACUGUAGUUGCAUCAGUGGCAUUGCGAGGGGAACUAUUGCUAAUAGUUGCACACAUACUGAAACUUCUGGGACAUGUUCCAAAAGUGAACGACGAAAAUCUUCCCAUUCAAUCUAAAGAUGUCGCCAACGCAUCCAUUCUCAAUAACCAGUCGAGUGAAAUCGAACAAAAAGGGAUGUUCAAUAACUUCGGGUAUUACUGGAUGAUAUCUGUAGGGAUCUCCCUUGUUAGUUACUUUACAAUGUCUGGAUACUAUCAAUGGGCGUAUUAUAUCCGACAGAAGGACUGCCCGGAGAAGUGGAAAUGCCAGCCUGACAGGUGGUUGAGUGCGUACAAUGAAAAACAUGCUGUUGUCAUGGGUACCAUCAAUAUGUUUAUAGGGGGCACACAAUCAUCAAUCCUUGUGUGUUACAUCAUGAAUGGUAGAGAGACGGCGCUUUACUACACAUUGGGUCAGCAUGGCUGGUUGUGGGAGAUUGUUUCAGUUCCACUUCUCUUCCUGACCAUGGACAUGUUUUUGUUCUAUUCGCAUAAAACUCUCCAUCACCCUCUUCCAUAUAAGUAUAUCCACAAAUGGCACCACAGGUAUCACUCACCAACGGCAUUUUCAGCUCUAGCGAUGCACCCGAUUGAGAUGAUUAUGCACAGCACGGCAUUGGAGAGUCCGGCGUUCCUAAUCCCUACCCACGCAGGAACAUUUAUAUUCUGUCUCCUUUACGUGUAUUACUAUGGAAUAAUAUCACACUCGGGCAUUAUGAUUGAAUCUAUAUGGCCAUGGCAACCGCACUCAAUCUUCCAUGACGACCACCAUAAAUAUUUUCAUUGUAAUUUUGGAUUCAACACAAAAUUAUUCGACUGGCUUCAUGGAACAAUAAGAAGAACAGAUCGUCUUUAUACGGAAGACACGUUUGGAGGACAAGGCAAGAUACCAGUUGAAAAUUCGAAAGAAGACAAGAAAAGUGAAUAAUAAUAUUUGAUGCAAUGUAUAUUGCGCAGCAAAAAUAACUUUGAUAUGCCAAUGCAAUUUAGAGUUGAAUAUUUCAGUUCAACAUGAAUUUAUAAGUUUAGAACUGUAGAAUGGACAUUUUGAAAAAUUAAUUGUAUUUUGUGUGGCAAGGUUUAAUAUAGAUAUGUAUUUUAUACCAUGUAAAAGUAUUAAGCCUCCCUCAUCAACAUGAGACAGUUUAGAAUGGGAGAGAGGUCUAAAAUAUAUUCUUAUUGACAACGAACCGGUGAAUAUCUAGCGAUUUUUCAGAUCCCAGGAAUUUAGAAAACGAAUUUUUUGUCGUCCAUCUUAAAAUUUAUCAAUGUUGAAAUUAUGAAUAAAUCAGACUGAUGAUCUAAUAUAACAAUAAAAACAAAUAUUUCAUUCUGUUUUCGCUGAAUACCUGGCACAAGUUUAUAUUUCACUGAAACUCUAUAUCCUCAAAUUAUGAUACACCCAUUGCAUGUCCAUACUCGUUUCCCAGUUUGAUUUUCAAUCAUGAACACAUACCUUGGAAAUCCAAGAUGUUGCAUAAGAUCUGGAGUAGGCUAUAUUCUAAAAGGAACAUUUCUGUCGGGUGUAAUUGCAAUAAUAGAAUAGGAUAGUUUCUAAAUAGCAGAAAAAGCAAUGAAAUCUAGUGCUGCCAUCUUUUAU